AUGCAACUCAACAUCUUCUACCUCCUAACCCUCACCCUAGCCUACCUCUCCGCCGCCACGCCCGCCGCAGAAACAGGCGCAGCAGCAGCAGUAGCAGCAGCAGGGACAGGCGCACAACCCCCAGCCCCGACUUCCACCAGCAGCAGUAGCAGCAGCGACAGCGACAGCGAUAGCUCCAGCGCAUACCAGCAAUGCGCGAAGAAUAUCCUCGACGCCUGCCUCUCCCAAAUGAAACCCCAAAUGGACAAAUGUUCACAGAAUGACUGGUCGUGUCUGUGUACGCAGAGCAAGAAUAUGCUUACAUGCUAUAACGACUGCCCCUCCGACCCGAACCACACCUCCGCAGACCAACAGAAAAUGGAGUAUUGUAAUGCGGCGGAGGCCAACUCGCUGUAUUCGACUUCUACGAGGGUGAGCUCGUCCAGCUCGGUUCAGAGUACCGCGUCGGCGACGAGUAGUAGGACGGCGGCGGCGGCGGCGGCUAGUACUUCUUCUUCUUCGGGGGGUGUUGUUGCUGUGGGAGGAUUGGUUUCUGAGGUGGGGAUGGGGAUGGGGAUGGGGUUGGCGGGGUUGGUUGUUGCUUUGUUUUAG